GUGAUUAUCAGGAAGAGCUUUUAGACUGGAAAUCAGCUGCGUGAGACAGCUGGUAUGAGGAUGGCAGAGGUAGCUGGCAUAAAAGUAAGAGAGCACGGGCACACUUGGUGAGGAUGCUAAUGUGAUUUAUGCACAGACCGUCUGAGUGAUACAAAGGGACCGUAAGUGCCAAGCUGAGGAAAGGACAGCUAUUAGUGCUAGUCUAAAAUACCUCUAUAUAAUCCGUUGGAGAUUAUCUGAGGCGAAAAAAACAGUUUCUGCACGGACAUGGACAGCUUGAUAAAGAAGAGACAGUUUGGUGAGGCAUAGUAUUAGUGCCAGCCUGGGGAAAUAGACUCCCAAAAGUAACAGACAAAGGGAGAGGCAUGAAUUUUAAGUAGAGGGGCAAAAAAAAAGAAGAGGAGUGCACUGAAUGAUAAAGAGACAGGCAAAGAAAAAGGAGAUCACUGAAUAAUAGACAAACAUCAGUAAGGAGACAACUAAAUAAUAAAAUACAUCAUCUUUGGCAGAAUAAAACAAACAAACAAUUCCUAUGCAGAGUAGAAGCCCUUGCAGCCAAAGCAAGAGAGACCGAUGAUGAGCUAAGACAUGUCCUGUGAUCAGAGUUUGUACAUGGCGUGCCCUGCUCCCUUGUGACUGACUCCUGUUCCCUGCAUCAUGCAGGGAUUGCUCUUCACCUUUUUCCUAUUGGGAUCUGUGCUGCCUAACGAGCUCCAGGCAAAAUCCCACAAGUUAUUCCAGGAACAUGUUAACAGGUCUGUGCACCUCUCAGAAAACAUUUCAUCUGUUCCUAGUACUGGGCAAUCCUUGAAUGUAUCUAAUGGUUCUGCUGCAUCUAUCCACCCAACUUCCAGCUCUGUGUCUCUGCUUACUUCUUCUGUUCUUUCCCCAAGAUUUUUGCAGAUUGGAGAUGGCUGCUGCCUUCAGUUUGACUUCCUAGAACACCGUAAAGGUGUAAUUGUCAUCAACACUGGAACUGCACCUCAAAGCUCUGAUCUCAGUGUUGAGUCCCUUGAUACAUCUAUUCUAAGAAUACUGAAUGUAAGCCGAAGUACUGGAGGAUUGCCAGGCAGGUUCCUGGCUCAGAUCAGUUCUGGGAUGCCAGGUACAGCUCAUCUUCUCAUUCGGUUGCAGCAGCAGGGAUCGGUGUUAGAGGAGAGAGAUGACUUCUCCAUCCGCGUUAUUCCACAGGAAAGCCCAGAUUAUGCAGGAUCUGCUGUUGGACACUUUUCAGAAAGCCCUCUUCUUUAUGCUCUUCUGCCCCUUCUCUUCAUCAACAAAUGUGCCUUUGGAUGUAAAGUGGACCUUGAGGUAUUGAAAGGUCUUCUGGUACGACCUCAUCCUUUGAUCCUGGGCAUUCUGGGACAAUUUGUGUUAAUGCCUCUGUAUUCGUACAUCCUAUCACGGCUUCUGGGCCUCUCUCAACUGCUGGCAUUAGGACUGUUGGUUACCUGUUCUUCGCCUGGUGGAGGAGGAGGUUAUUUGUACAGUUUACUCUUAGGGGGUGAUGUUACCCUAGCCAUAUCAAUGACAUUGGUAUCCACAGUGGCUGCAGUGGCUUUGAUGCCCCUUUCCUCCUCAAUCUAUGGACGUUUUAUUGGUGUACACCACACAAUGCACAUUCCUUUUCUAAAAAUCCUUGCCACGUUGCUCUUCAUUGCAGUUCCAAUUUCUACAGGUAUGUUCAUCAAGUGGAAAUUUCCAGGGGUGUCCAGACUACUGCUUCACCUCAUUAAGCCAUUCAGUGUCCUGCUAAUGGUAGGGGGUUUGGUUAUGGCCUAUCAGAUGGGUUCUUCAUUGCUGAGCCAGGUGCCCACUAUGCUGGUUGCAGCUGCCCUUACUGUACCCCUAGUUGGUCUGAUUGCUGGUUACUUGCUGGCCACAUGUCUGCGCUUGCCCAUUGCUCAGUGUCGGACAGUCAGCAUUGAGGUUGGCGUGCAGAACAGCCUGCUGGCGCUGGCAGUUCUUCAGCUUUCUUUUCCACGUACUGAAGCAGAUAUUUCCUCUCAAGCUCCCUUUUUGGUAGCCCUCAGUGGUACUUCUGAAAUGCUACUAAUUGUCAUUUUACAUGCGACCUACAGAAAAUUGAAAGACUGUUUGAGAUGAGAUUGAAUUGGGUGCCUAGAUUAUGCCAUCCCGUUUCCAAAGCCAUACAUUCUUUCUAUGGUUCAAGUUUUCUUUUUCCCUUUGUCUGUGACCAAAAUCUUAAUAUGUUUACUUCUCUUAAAUCCUUAUAAAGAGGCCCUAGUAAAUUGGUAUCUGGGACUGAAAUUUGCUUUACAAUGUCAAUGUUUUUCUUUCUCUCUUUGAAUUUGUUUAUUUAUUUUUGCAAUGAUUGUUUGGUUUAAAGUUACUGCGUCAACAAGAUAAAUCACUGUUAAUUUAUGUCCUGGCACAGUAAUUCCAUUGACAGUUUAAAGGGACAUUGUUGUGCAAAAAUUACAUUGUCUUAUUUGUUACCUCAUGUCAUUUUUGCACUAUUCACCAUGAAACUAUGUGUUUAACCUCCACAAAAGGGGUAAAAUACACAGGUAAAGACCUGUGCAAGAGCUACUAACAUUGCAGCUCAAGCGCUGAACUCAGCCAGUGAUUGGUGGGCUCAUGUGUCUAGUGCUGUCAGUUGGGUCAUUGGCUGUUUCCUGCUCGUGACCAGCAGUUCUCUUUGACUUCCCAGCAGGACCUUUAUGUAUUUAGCCCCUGUGGGGGUUAAACACAGUAUUAGAGAGUAGGUGGUGCAAAAAUUACAUGCUCUAGCAAAUUAGAUCAUGUAUGUAUGUAUUUGUGUGUAUGUGUAUAUAUAUAUUUAUACAUCUCUUCAGCAAUUAUCAGUAAACAAUGUGCCUGAAAGACCAGAUUAUCUUAAAGGGACAUGAAAACCAAUUUUUUUUUUCUUUCAUGGUUCAGAUAGCGAAAACAAUUUAAAACAACUUUCCAAUGUACAUGUAUUAUCUAUUUUGCUUCAAUCUCUUGGUAUCCUUUGUUAAAGAAGCAGUAAUGCUCUACAGAGAGCUAGGUGAAUGCAUUGGGGGAAUCAAUAACAUGAGGCAUAUAUGUGCGGGCACCAAUCAGCAACUCCUGAGCCUACCUAGGUAUAUUUUCAACUAAGUAUACCAAGAGAACAAAACUAAUUAGAUAUAUAAUAGAAGUAAAUUGGAAAGCUGUUUAAAACCACGUUCUAUCUGAAUCAUGAAAGAAACAUUUUUGUUUCAUGUCCCUUUAACUUUGUGAGUGCUAACGACGGCUCUGAGCUUUUGCAAAUUGUCCCAGUCAGGUGCUGACGACGGCUCAGAGCCGUCGCUAGCACUCACCCACCUUGAGGGCAAUCUGGGGGUUCCCACCCCGGCGAUCUGGACUGAAUAGUGAGAGGCAUCCCUGGGGCUUUACGAUUUGCGAGGUGAUGUCACGCGCUAUGACAUGACGUCACCGCGCAACUUUAUUUAAAAUUAACAAUGGACAAUAUAGGGAAAUGGGUGCAUGCUGCUUGGAAGCCUGUAUUUCAGGCAUUUAAACAGCUACAGACCCCAAGACCCACCGUUGGAAAAGUAAUCGCCUAACCUUUCCAGCGGUAUAAGUCUUGGGGAUCUGGAAAAAAAAGUAAAAAAUAAAUAUAUUUAAAAAAAGUAAAAAAAAAGCUCAAAUCUAGCUUAGCACCCAGGUGGGAAAUGGCUUAGCAGCCAAAGGGUUAAGGAUAUAAGUGACAGGUGAAUCUUUGUAUAUGUCAUUCCAUAUAUGUCAUUUAAAGCCAAAUCUUUGUUCAAUCAGUUUUGUGCACUGAGGGAAAAUCAGCUAUUUUUUAUAGGGGCUUUUUGUACUUUAAACAGGGUACGGUAAAAAAAUUAAAUAAAAAAAAUGACUAAAUGUAAAUAAAUUUUGAAAGGUUAAACUCUUUGUCCUGUUUGUGUUCAAAAUAUGAGUGCAUUUCUGCUAAUGCGUGAGAUCCCAGACAUACAGAAAUAUUUACAGCUGCCAACUCUACACUUUUAGGCUUCAAAUAAUUUUAUUUUUUAGUAUAUAAUUAUGUACAAUAUAACAAGAUGUAACCCAUUGUUUCUUAACCAGAAUGUCAUAAAAAGAAAAUCAAAAUUG